GCCCGGACGGGGCCGGGACUGGGCCGAGACUGGGCCGGACGGUGGCGCAGGCCCUUCCGGCCUGCUGGGGGUCGAGCCGGCCGGGGCGGGGCGGGGCGGAGGCCGGCCGGGCGGGCGGUAACGCGCUCUGUGCCGCAGCUGCUGGAGGAGAACGACCAGCUGAUCCGGUGUAUCGUGGAGUACCAGAGCAAGGGCCGCGCCACCGACUGCGUGCAGUACCAGCAUAUCCUGCACAGAAACCUCAUUUAUUUAGCUACAAUUGCUGAUGCCACUCCGCCCAGCACGCAGAAGCCUGUUGACUGACUGCAAGACCUGGACGCGAGCAGUGCUGCUUUCAGAGGCUGUAGAAGUAGUUUAGAGUCCGCUUUGGGAGCCAAGAAGGUGUGGGUUUGAAAAAGUCAGAUAAAAAGUGAUCUGGACUUCUGUGUUUCAAAUGUGAAUGUUGAUUUCAGUGUAGUAUUUGGCCAGCUUUGCCCCUGUUACUGUAACUAACACAGUUCAAGAAGGAUAAUUAUCACACUCCCUUUUCCCUCUGAAAAACUCAACUGUGUACUUCUGGGAAUAGCCUGGUUGUCAGGAGAGCGCUAUGGGAAGCAGAACCCAUUUCAUGAGUAAGGUUCUAUAAUAACAAGGUAAAUGUUAUGCUAUGUGACUCCUACUUCCAACAUGUUGGGCAAUUCCAGAGAUGUGUGUUUCAUACAUAAAAGUAGUAGACUCUUUUGUAUCCUGUAUCAAAACAACUGUGCUAAAUAAA